AUGAAUGAAAGAUUUAUUAUAAAUAAUAUAUUAAUAAAGAAUUUAAUAGUGAAGAGAUACAUUAAAUGUUUAUAUAAGAAUAAAAAUAAUGAAAACAACAUCAUUACCUUUUUAUAUAAAUAUAGCAAAUAUUAUAAAAAAUUGGGAAAAGUUGAUAUAUACAAAAGUUCUGAAAAGAAAUUAUAUAUUGCAUAUACGAGUGAUAGGAAUGUAAAAAUAAAAAACAUCAAAAAUAGAAUAUUAAGACAUAAAAUAACUUAUAAUUUCAGUAUUUUAUUUUUUAUUCUAUUGUUUUUAAUUAUUUUAUAUUCUCUUUUGACUCUUUUAGUUUUAUAUAAUAACAAUAAUCAUGUAGAAUGUGUUAUUCCUUUUAAUGAUUGUCCAAUAAUCUUACAUUCAGAUAUAAACAACUUUUUUAAAAAUUAUAAAAUAAAUGAAUUAACAAAAGAUAAUAUAUUAUUAUUUUAUAGAAAUAUUAAAAAAUUAAAACCAGAAAAUAUAAAAAAAAUACAUUUAAAAAAAAAAAAAACAUAUAAAAUUUUAAAAACAGAAAAAAUCAAGUGUAAUGAUUGUGAGGUUUUUUUCAACAUAACGGAAAAUGAAACUAUUCAGGAUAUUUUAGAUUUUGAAGAAAUAAAUAAAUGUGCAAAAGUAAUUGAUCAAAGUUAUUGUCUUAAUGUAAGGAAUAACAAAAUAGAAAAUAAAAGAAUACAUUUAUAUAAAAAAUAUACGGGACAUAUAAAGGAUACUAAUUAUUUUCAAAGCCUAAAAAAGUAUAAACAAGUUUUAAAUGAUUUAUAUUAUAAUUCUUAUAUGAAAGAAAAAGUUGUUAUUAGAAAUAGAAUAAAAUAUUUGUAUCCAUUACUACGUGAUUAUUUUGUUAAUUUAGAUGAUUUCAAAUUAUAUAACGAAAAUAAUGAAAAAAUUAUUGUAAAUGAUGAAAAUAUAAGAAAUUUUGAAUUUUUGAAAGAUAAAGAUUUUAAUAUCUGUCGAUCUUCGUAUAAAAAAAAAUAUAGUAAAAGUACAUUUUAUUGGCUAUGUCCAGAAUUUUAUAAAAAGAAAAAACAUUUACAUGAAUAUAAAGUAUCUAAAAUAAUUGAACAAGUUUUAAAUUUUAAAAAUGUUGGUUAUGCUCAUAAAAAUAAACAUAUCAUAGAAAUGUCUAAAUCUAAUCCAACAAGAAAUACAUAUAACCAUUUUGGUUACAUUUCUAAUUCUUUAAGUUUCCCUUUCAAACUUGAUAUUUAUAACAGGUUUAAAAUACUUGAAGAAGAAUUAUUAGUUAAUGAGGUAAUAGAACAAGUAUACAAGGCAUUUUUUUGCCCUUAUAAUAAAAAUGUAGAAAAAAAUUCAGAAAUUAAAAAUAAAAUGCAUAUUAAAAAUGCAGUAUUACAUAAAGAUGUGGAUAUUUUAAAACUUGCAUUUUUUUCUGGUAAUUAUCCAAAUGGUAUAAUUGAAGAAAAAAUAGAAAAAAAUAUAGAUGAAGAAAAAAAAGAUGAAUAUAUGUAUGAAAAAGAAUAUAUAGAAAAAGAAGAUAAAAAAGAUGAAUAUAUAUAUGAAAAAAAAAAUAUAGAGGAAUAUAAAAAUGGAUCUGAAAAUAUAAAUGAACAAAUGGACGAUAUAUGUGAAGACGUUGGAUAUGCUGGUGAAAUUGAUGAUGAAGAUGAUGAUGAAGAAAAUGAUGAAGUUAAUUAUGGGAAUGUUAUUGAUUUGUAUAAAGAAGAUCAACAUAAUGGAGGUAAAGGAGAAAAAGAGUUAAAUCACAUCUUAAAAUUAAGUAAUAAAAUAAAAUUAAAAAGUAACAAAAAUUUAAAUUCUAUUAAAAAAAAAAAUAACAAAAAUAGUAAUGAGACAAAAAAUAGUAACUAUAAAAAAGAAAAUAAUAUAUCAAAAGAAUCUUAUAAAUUUAAAAAAAAAUAUGUAUUAAUUGAAGAAGUAGCAAAAGUAAAUGAAAAUUUAAAUUACAAGACUUCAAGAUAUAAAUUCACUAAAGAACUUGUAAUUAUAUCUUCUUCAAUAUUUCAUGGGAAUAUGAAAAAUUUACUCAAAACUAUUAUUUUGUUUUUAUGUAUUCUUGUUUUAAUGAAUCUUAUUUUAGUAACUUUUUAUAUUUACAUAAAAGGAAAUAAAGAAAUAUCAAUUGUUCUAAAAGACGAUGAAGAAAUUGAAGAAAUGCCUAAAUACAUUAAAAGAUUAUCAAAACAUUUAUCUAAUGAUAAGGAAAAUAUUAAAAAGAACUAUUUUAGAAAUUAUAAACAUAGUAGUAGCCCUUUUUAA